AAUGUUGAACAGACACAAGUUGCCAUAAUCGUAUGUGGAUUUCGAGUCCUUAAGUCGGUCUAUACCAAAUAAUUCUGGAACGGAUAUAUUCGUGCCAGUUAUUUAUUACAUAUCUUUCAUUCUUAUGAAGUAUUGUGAUUAUAUACACGGAUACAAAUAUUUACAUUGAUAUCUGCAAACUACAGUAAGCUUUCAUUAAGUUUGCAUCAUCCUGAGCCAACACCCCUGUUCAUCCAAAUAAACUACAUCCUUGUCGAGCGUCUCUCAAGGAUGUCUUCUUUCCCCGCUUUUUCGAUCUGUUACAUCCUCUGCUGCCUGUUCUUCUCCCAUGUGGAUUGCUACCCCCGCGGUUCCCCGUGGACAGGCUGCUUUGACGGGAAUCCCAUCCACAAGACGAAGGAAAGCAACCGAACAGUGCCCUACGAUCCCCAGCCGGCCGCGACCAACCCGUUCACAUUCACUACUGAUUCCACCACCUACAAACCGGGCCAAAGUUUGAGAGUGAGCAUUUCUUCUGACAAUGGAACAUACUUCGAGGGCUACUUUCUUCAGGCUCGGUCCGUCAGCACCGCAACACCCGUUGGUGCGUUUACCGGACUACCGGCUCUCUCCCAAUUCUUGCUAUGUGUGACUCCAAGCGAUUCAACAGGGAAAUACUCCUUUGAUUCCGUAACACACACGGGUGAAGAACGCAAGGAGGCCACAACCUUUGUCUGGAAAGCCCCCGAAGAAUGCGUAGGGGACAUUUCAUUCAUAGGGUCAGUAGCCAUAACGCAUUCAACGUUCUACUCCGACAUGACGUCAUCCAUAAUCACGUGCAAAGCCGGGUGCCUUCAAGCCAACAUCGGUCUACUGGCCCUGUCUUCGGUGGUUGCUCUGCUUUAUAAGACAACAGAAUAAGGAUGGCAUCAUCAGGACCCAAGCAUGAUGGACCCAAGUACUUUGGCAAGGCCAUAAUAUUCUCCAUUCAGGUGCCCUAAAUAUAUACCCAAUAAGAAGGGGUUCCUUGAAUGCUCCAGUGCCCGAUAAGGGUACCUCUGCUAGUCUGCUAUGAAAAGCUGGGAUAGUAGUAUACAGUCAUGUAAAUGUUGCAUAAUGCACUCCAGUCAGGUCCCUAGCUACGUUCAUCAAACUCUGGUUCCCUAGUUAUUCCUAAAUCCGUUAAGACAUGGGGGGCUCAGGCUUUUGCGCAUGCUGGCCCUGUUCUAUGGAAUGGUCUUCCACUGACCAUGCUGACAGUCCGUGAAUG